AUGCGUUCGCCACCUUCUCAUCCUUCAUGUCAAAUGUCCCCGCCCGUACUACGUGUUCUGCUUUCUUAUCGUCGUCACCCAGGCUUACUCAACACACACACACACACACACUAUUUGCAUCUAUCUAUCUCUGUUCAUAUCUAUCUCAGCCUCUUUAUGUUCUCUCUCUCUCGGCCUUUUCACUAUCUUUCUAUCUAUCUAUCCUCGUCUGUUCGUAUCUAUCUAUCUAUCUAUCUAAUUAUUGUGGCGACUGCAUGCAAACGUGCGCGUCUUUCUUCCCUUCUUUCUUUCUUUCUUUAUUCCUUUCGUGCUUUCUUUCUUUCUUUUUAUUCCUUCCGUGCUUUCCUUCUUUCUUUAUUCAUUUCGUGCUUUCUUUCUUUCUUUAUUUAUUUAUUUCUUUUUAUUCCUUUCGUGCUUUCCUUCUUUCUUUCUUUCUUUUUCUUUCUUUUUAUUCCUUUCGUGCUUUCCUUCUUUCUUUCUUUCUUUUUCUUUCUUUUUAUUCCUUUCGUGCUUUCCUUCUUUCUUUCUUUCUUUAUUCCUUUCGUGCUUUCUUUCUUUUUUUAUUUCCCGCUUUCUUUCUUUCUGUCUUUCUUUUUUCUUCUUCUUUUCGUGCUGUCUCUCUUUUUUCUUUCGUUCUUUCUUUUCUUCCUUCUUUAUUUCGUAUUUUCUUUCUACCUUCCUUUCUUUCUUUCCUCUUUUUGUGCUGUCUUUGUACCUUUUGUGCUGUCUUUGUACCUUUUGUGCUUUCUUUCCUUCUUUAUUUGGUAUUUUCUUUCUUUCUUUCUUCCUUCUUUUCGUACUUUCUUUCUUUCUUUCUUUCUUUCUUUCUUCCUUCCUUCAUUUCUUUUGUUCUUUCGCGUUGUCUUUCUUCCUUUCGUGUUUUCUUUUUAUCUUUCUUUCAACCCUACUCUCGCAAUGCUACUUCCGUGUUAA